AUGUCAACUUCCACCGCCGAAACACACAAUCUAAACGGCAAAAAAUGCUAUAUAAAUCGACGAUUCGAAGACGCCAUCGAUCACUACACAAAAGCCAUCAAAAUCGCGCCGUCCGUAAAAUAUUUCCAAAAUCGUGCAAUGUGCUAUUAUCAACUUCAGGAUUACAAGCAAAGUGAGGAGGAUUGUAAACGCGCUUUGGAAUUGAAUCCAAACGAGGUGAAACCUCUGUAUUUUUUGGGAAUCUCACUUUUGAAUGCGAAACGAUACAGCGAAUCGAUUAGUUGGUUGAGCAAAGCGUUGUAUCACAAUGCGGUGAUCACAGUGAGUUUCUAAAUUUUUUAAAAAUAUUGAUUUUCUUUACAGAAUACCGCGGACAUCGAGCAAGCUCUCAAAAAAGCUCGUCAUUUAAAAUUCGAAGAGGAAGAAUCGAAAAAAAUCAUUCAAGAAAUUGAAUUCCACACCUAUCUUGAGGAUCUAAUCACCAAAGACCAGGCAGAAAACCCGGAAAAAUCUGAGAUGGCUAAAAAGAAGUUGCAAGAACUAACAGCUGGAAGUGCUGAAAAACGGCAAAAUCGAGAGAUUCCUGAGAUGUUGUGCGGUAAAAUCACGCUGGAAUUGAUGAAGGAUCCGGUGAUUGUUCCAAGUGGGAUUACCUAUGAUCGAGAGGAAAUAGUGCAGCAUUUGAGGAGAAUUGGACAUUUUGAUCCUUUUACAAGGAAACCGCUUGUGGAAUCGGAGAUUAUUCCGAAUUAUGCUUUGAAGGAGGUAGGGGCUUUGCAAAAAUCCAAGAAUUUUGAAGAUUUUUGAGUUUGGGAAGCUUCCAAAACUAAUUUUCAAUCAGAAAGUCAUUAAAAUCCUUUUUGGAACCUUGCCAAGCUCAAAAAUGAUGAUUUUCAAACUUGGCAAGCUUCCAAAAGCUAUUUUUCAUCUUGGAAUCUUGCCAAGCGUGAUUUCCAGACUUGGCAAGCUUCCAAGAGCUAUUUUUCAUCUUGGAACCUUGCCAAGCGUGAUUUUCAAACUUGGCAAGCUUCCAAGAGCUAUUUUUCAUCUUGGAACCUUGCCAAGCGUGAUUUUCAAACUUGGCAAGCUUCCAAGAGCUAUUUUCCAUCUUGGAACCUUGCCAAGCGUGAUUUUCAAACUUGGCAAGCUUCCAAGAGCUAUUUUUCAUCUUGGAACCUUGCCAAGCGUGAUUUUCAAACUUGGCAAGCUUCCAAGAGCUAUUUUCCAUCUUGGAACCUUGCCAAGCGUGAUUUUCAAACUUGGCAAGCUUCCAAGAGCUAUUUUUCAUCUUGGAACCUUGCCAAGCGUGAUUUUCAAACUUGGCAAGCUUCCAGACCUGAUUUCCUUGCUUGAAACGCUAAAUUUUCACUGAAAAAUCCCCUUUGGAACCUUGCCAAGCUAUUCAAAUUUUGAAGGAAAAAGAGCAAAUCUGCUCUAUUGGACAUUGAGCGGAUUUGCUAUGAAAUUCAAAAUUUUCACGUGAAAAUAAUAGCAAUUUUGCUCUAUCGAACUCUUUAAUUGUUCUGUAGAGCGCACUUGCUUGUUUCACAUUGAAAACUUCGGGAAAAACAGCAAAUUUGCUCUCCACGAUGUUCGCUAGAGCGAAUCUGCCUAUUUUUCACCAAAAGUCAAAUUUCCCUUUUGCAGGUCAUCGAAAAAUUCCUCGACGAAAACCCAUGGGCAAAAUACGAGCCAGGAGUUGACUAA